GCUACGCAGUGGCAGCAAUCGGUCGGUUAGGUUAGGUUAGGUUAGGAAGGAAGAUCGCGGCAUGUCGCGGUGUAUUCGAAGUCUAACCUGUACAUACGUUGGCAUUGUAGUAUACAGUAGUAUAUAUCCACGUUGUAGAGACGGCGUCGUAUCAGCUAAAUCGUGGGCAUGGUCAGGUUUUUCUCUGGAGUAUCUGGUUUUGCACGGCAACUGUGAACAUGAACGCGUGUGAUUCGCGAUAAAUGGCUGGCUCGCUAGGCACAGUCGACUGAAAAGAUUUCAAAAAGCAGGCAAAACGUCAAGAAAAUGAAAUCAAUGCAAAACUAGUAGCGUUCAGCAAGUUGGGUAUAAACAUAGGCACGAGGUAUGUCAGCACAGAAGAGAUUUCUCUCCUGAAUAAGGAGCAAAUGUUUGAGAACAUAGCGUUGGAUAUUGAAACAUUGCUCUCCAAGUUGUUCUGCAUAAACAAGGGGAUGAGUGAAUUGCAGUCAAACGGAGCAGCUAUACUGCACACGAUGCAGUACCACAAAGAAAUACUGAAAGACUACAAACUGGAAUUCAAUAACAUUAGAAAUAACUUUAUAGCCAGGAAAGAUUGCGAGAAUCUGGUAGGCAGCGUCCAUAAGGAAAUAGGAAGAGAUGCUAGAACUACCCCAUCCAAACGAAGUAGUCGUUCAAGGAGUUCAGCCAAGGAAAGUCCUGAAACUGGUCCUAGCUCUAGAAAACGGAGACGUUCUGUUAUAGACAAAGGUGACGUAGUAUCAAAGAGGCUGCACAAUGAAGAGGCUAAAUUUGCUAAAAGUGUUGCUGGUAGAGAAGGGACACCUAGGUUUAAUCGAUUCUUAAAUUUCUUAAUUAAAGAAGAAGGAAAAAAAUGUGUAGAGGUUCUGAAAAGAGAAGGAGUAAAUUUAACUAAUAUGUCCAGUAUUUUAAGUAGAGCAGGAUCUAAUGCUCCUCAGGCUUUUAAAGACUUAUAUAACCUUUGGUUUGAUGCAGAAGGAAAUAAAACUGAAUAUUUAAAAAUUCUAGAAAAAGAAGGAGUAAAUCUAUCUAAUAUGUCCAGUGUUUUGAGUAGAGCAGGAGCCAAUGCCGAAAAAGCUUUUAAAGACUUAUAUGACCUUUGGUUUGAUGCAGAAGGAAAUAAAACUCCAUAUUUAAAAACUUUAGAAACAGAGGGAAUAAGUCUAACUAAUAUAUCCAGUAUUUUGCAUGGAGUAGGAGCUAAGGCUAAAGUUGCUUUUAUAGAAUUAUAUAAUCUUUGGUUUGAUGCAGAAGGAAAUAAAACGAAAUAUUUAAAAACUCUAGAAAAAAAAGGGAUAAAUCUAGCUAAUGUGUCUAGUAUGUUAAGUGGAGCAGGAGCUAAGGCUGUAAAAGCUUUUAAAGACUUAUAUGAUCUUUGGUUUGAUGCAGAAGGAAAUAAAACACAAUAUUUGAGAACUCUAGAAACAGAAGGAAUAAAUCUACCUAAUAUAUCCGGUAUUUUAGGUGGGGCAGGAGCUAAGGCUGCAAAAACUUUUAAAGACUUAUAUGAUCUUUGGUUUGAUGUAGAAGAAAAUAAAACAAAAUAUUUAAAAACUUUCGAAACAGAAGGAAUAAAUUUAGCUAAUAUAUCCAGUAUUUUAGGUAGAGCAGGAGCUAACGCCACAAAAGCUUUUAAAGACUUAUAUGACCUUUGGUUUGAUGAGCAAGGAAAUAAAACACAAUAUUUAAAAACUCUAAAAACAGAAGAGAUAAGUCUAGCUAAUAUGUCCAGUGCUUUGAGUGGAGCAGGAGCUAAGGCUGCAAAAGCUUUUAAAGACUUAUAUGAUCUUUGGUUUGAUGCAGAAAGAAAUAAAACAAAAUAUUUAAAAAUUCUAGAAAAAGAAGAGAUAAGUCCAGCUAAUAUGUCUAGUAUUUUAAGCGGAGCAGGAGCUAAUGCCACAAAAGCUUUUAAAGACUUAUAUGACCUUUGGUUUGAUGAGCAAGGAAAUAAAACACAAUACUUAAAAACUCUAGAAAAAGAAGAGAUAAGUUUAGCUAACGUGUCCAGUAUUUUAAAUGGAGCAGGAGCUAAUGCCACAAAAGCUUUUAAAGACUUAUAUGAUCUUUGGUUUGAUGCAGAAGGAGAGAAAAUACAAUAUUUCAAUAUUCUAAAAAAAGAAGGAAUAAGUCCAGCUAAUAUGUCUAGUAUUUUAAGCGGAGCAGGAGCUAAUGCCACAAAAGCUUUUAAAGACUUAUAUGACCUUUGGUUUGACGCAGAAGGAAAGAAAAUACAAUAUUUAAAAAAUCUAAAAGAAGAAGGAAUAAGUCUAGCUAAUAUGUCCAGUAUUUUAAGUGGGGCAGGAGCUAAGGCUGCAAAAACUUUUAAAGACUUAUAUGAUCUUUGGUUUGAUGCCAAAGGAAAUAAAACGAAAUAUUUACAAACGCUAGAAAAAGAAGAAAUAAAUCUGACUAAUAUAUCUAGUAUUUUACAUGGAGCAGGAGCUAAAGCUGUAAAAGCUUUUAAAAACCUAUAUAGUACAUUUUUUGAUGAGCAAGGAAAUAAAAAACAGCAUUUAAAGCAUUUUGUUAAGAAAAAAGGUUUUACAAUACAUAACUUGUCAAGUAUAUUAAGUGGAUCAGGAGCUAAUGCUCGAUAUGCUUUUGAAAAGUUGUACAGGGUCUGUUUUAAUGACAAAGGAAAAAGAACAAAACUUUUAAACGAUUUCUAUAAAGCAGGUUUUGAGCCAGGUAACUUAUCUUGUAUGUUAUGUGGAGCAGGAGUUCAUGCUUCUUCUAUUUUAAAAAGAUUGCAUAGUGUUUGUUUUGAUGACGAAGGAGAAAGAACAGAGCUUUUAAAUAACUUCUUUAAUGCAGGUUUUAGGUCAGGUGAUUUAUGCAAUAUAUUAAGUGGGGUAGCAGGUAGUCUAGAAGAAUUCCACGAUUUUUGUUUUAUAAGAGAAACAAAAAAAUAUUUGUACCAUUUCUUAGAUGAGAAAGAAAGUUUCACGCCGAGUAAUUUAUGUAAUAUAUUACAUGGAGCAAGAGCUAAUAUUUAUUCUGCUUUAAGAGAUUUUCAUAAUGUUUGUUUUGAUGAGGCAGGAAAUAAAACACAGCUUUUAGAUGAUUUCUAUAGGGCAGGUUUUACAACAAGUAAUUUAUCCAAAAUAUUAUCCAUGGCAGGAAAUAAUGCCUCUUCUAUUUUCGUAAAUUUUUAUAAAUCUUGUUUUAAUAAAAAAAAUUAUUUAAAUCACUUUUUAGCCGAGAAAGAACUCUUUACACCAAAAAAUUUAUCCAAGAUAUUAGAUAGAGUGGGACUUAAUAUUUGUUCUACUUUUGAAAAACUGCAUAAUCUUUGUUUUGAUAAAGAAGGAAACAAAACAAAGUAUUUAAAUGAUCUCAUCAAAAGUAACUCGACGAAUAAAAUACUUAAAAUAUUAUAUAAAAAAGUUAAAAAAGCUCCCUUUACCUUUUUAGAUAGUACAUCACUACAAUAACAGAAUGUUAGCGGGAUAGAGAAAACAAAAUAAGAAAAUACAGAUCAUCUUACAUAGUAGACCAUUUCAUUCCCAACGAAUUAUUCUCAUCACCUUUGUUUUGAGCGCUAGAAAUAAAUGAUUGUAUUAUUCAGAUUAUUUUUAUAUAUAAUAAUAAAAAAUUAAUGUUAAAUUAUUUAAGAAUAAAGCCCACGAUUUAGUCGA